CUGCACAAUGCGUUGAUUGAUGUAUCGGUCCACAGACACACAUGCAGGCAGCGCACGGACGGACGGACACACCACCGACAGACAAACUGUACGUACGAUGGAUGAUCGCCAACAAAAACACAUACACGCAAUAGAAUAGAAUGGCUGUGAAAUGUAUGCAAUCGGCCGCCACUCAAUGGAGAGGUGCAUCGUGCGGUUUCUGCACUGCUGCCAUCUCACCCCACCAUCUGUUCCAUCUCGAUUGGGCCCAACCGAGGUAGAAACGAUGACAAGGAAGUCAAGGACAAUGCAGAGACCACAUGAAGCAUUUCUUCCUCUCUCGCCCAUUUGCUCCUCUCUCCUCUCUGCUCGAUCGAUGACAUGGCGACCGACAAACAGACACGACAAAUCUGGUUGGCUGGCCGGGGCACAUCACAUCACAUCACGUGUGUGUAUGUGUGUGUGUGGCAGCUGUCUCCUCCCAUGCCGAUGGAUGGCACGGCGAUUGCCACUGUUCAUCGACACAGAGGCAAAUUCCGUGCCACCCACCGUCAUGAGAGAAAAGAGCGCCCACAGAGCAGUGGUUGAUGGCGCGCACAGGGAAUAGCAUAGCAAGUGAGUGAUACAUCCAGGCAUACGUACCAAGGAUCAGAAAGCAGACGCGGGCAGGCAGGCAGGCAGGCAGGCGACUUACACAAGCGAGCGGGCGAGGUGAGGCGAGGCGAGCAGGGGACGUGUAGUGAGUGCAUGGGGGCGAGAGGGCCACGUGUGGUCUGUCGUCUUGUGUGUCGUGUGAGGGUGUAGUGUGUGUACUGACCGACGGACGGAUGAAUCCUUCAGGGCGUGCGAUGACUGACUGACUGACUGACUGAGCAAAAAGGAAGCCGUGCAAAACCUUCCUCUCUUGGCCCCCACCCCCACCCCCACCCCGCCCCGCCCGCAUCGAUAACAAACAAGAAGAGUAAGGGAGUCUUUACAUACUCACUCAGACAGACAUAAGUAGGCACUUAAGCACACAAUAGCGACCGAUGGAUGGAUGGAUGGAUCCCAUCAUGCGACAGUGAUCUCAUGCGGCUGCUGCGUGCUGCCCUCUCCCUCCCCCUCUUCCCUCUCCUUGUCCACCUCUUUCUCCUCCUCUGCUGCUGCACCAUCAGCAGCACCGCCAGAGGCAGCCCCACCAGCGGCGUCGUCGCCCUCCACACCACCACCACCCGUCCGCUCCUCGCCCUUACCCUCUACCUCCUUGGCCACCUCCCCCUCCUCCUUAUCGAUAUCGUCAUGCUUCUCAGUCACCACCUCACACACAGCCGGGGCCGUCUCCACCUUGCGAUCGUCCUCCUCCUCCUCCGGAGUGCCCUCGAUGGGUGCCGUCUCAAUGGGGGCGGCCGGGUGCUGCUCGUCGUGCGUUGUGGUGGUGGGCGGCUCCGGCUGCUCGUGGUCGGCGGCCUCCUGUGUCACGGCGGCGAAGGGCUCCUGCUGGGCAUCGGCAGCAGCCUCCCCCUCUCCCUCUCCCUCUCCCCCCUCCUCGAGGUCCUCCUCUUCCUCCUCCUCUCCCUCAGAGACAUUGAGUGCGAAUGGGUUGGUGCCCUUGACGCGGGCACUGGCACUACCGCUACCCCCGCUGCCCUCACCGCCCUCACCCUCGGCCCCCUUCAAACUCACAACACUCGCAGGCGGCGUCUGGGCGUGGGUGCCUGAGGACACACAUGAGAUGGUCAGUCACUCGGCCAUACACCAUGCCAUGGCUGUGCUGUGUGUGGUUUUGCAGGCUUGGCUUACUGGUGCUGUUGCGUUUCUUCUUGGUCUCCACCACACGCCAGCCGUCGUCCUUGGCCGCAGCUGGCGCAGGCACCGAGGCCACCUUGCCCUCCUCGGCCGUCGGCUCCUUACCCCCCUCUCCCUCUCCCUCUCCCUCUCCCUCCCCCUCCCCCUGACCCUGUGUCUGUUCCUCCUUGCCAUUGGCCUCCUCACUGGCCUGCUCCGGUGUGCCGCCGUCGCCGUUGCCAUCGCCGCCGUUGGCCGACUGCGAUUUCUUCUUUUUCUUGUGUUUCUUCUUCUUGGUGCUGGAUGGCGUGGCGCCGGGUGGGCCCGGGUGGGCGGUGGGUGCGGUGGGUGCGGUGGGUGUGUGCGGUCCGUCGGGUGUGGAGAAGGGGGUCAUGAACGCAGAGGGGCGAGGGGGGUGAGGGUGGGGGUGCGCGGUGAGGGCGGAUGCGGACGCAGACGACGCCACGCUGUGGCGGGGGGCAUCUGAACCACAAAACCAGAAAUAAAGCAAAACGAACAGCAAAGGAAAUAAAUGGGUUCAGGUCAUGGGUGUGGUGGAUGGACUGGUGGUGCGGUUUGCGUACCGUGCUGCUGCUGGUGCUGCUGUGGGGUGUUUGUGUUGUUUGUGUUGGCGGUAGCGAACGUGUAGUUGCGGGCGUUCUUGUAGGCAGAAAAGUCCUAAUGGCAAGCAAAGCAUCCAUCCAUCACAUGAUAUGAUUGCAGUGAAUGCACCAGCCAGCCAUGUCAUCAUGCCUCCCUGCCUCCCUCCAUGUCAUUCAUGUUGGCACGGCUGAGGUGGGCACGGCGUGGCAUGUGUUGUGUUGUGUUGUGUGUACCUUACUUUACUUACCUUCAUGGCGCUGCUGUUGUCUUUGUACUGGAUGAUGUUAUUGGCGUCCAAACUGCACACCUCACGCAAACGCUGCCUGCACACCACACCACACAGACAACACAGAUAGUAAGCGUCAACACAACGCAACACCCCACACAUGAUGAGGGGGAGGGAUGUGUGUGUGUGUGUGAUAGGUGGGCGUGUGGUGCGGCCGAGUCUUACCCGAUGGCGAAUCUGAUUUUGGGGUUGGUGUCGUUGCAGUCAUUCCACAAAGCGAUCACGUCCUCCUGACACACACACACAUACCACACACAUACAUGUGUGUGUGUGUGUGUGUGCGGUUACCUUGUGUCUGCAUGAGAGGACGCAGCCGACCACCUCGGCCAUCUCAAACACCUCACCGAUGCACGCCAACACCUAACACAUCAAAUCACAUCACAUCACACACAUCAUCAUGUGUGGUGUCUGUGAAUGUGUGGGUGUGGGUGUGGGUGGGAUGGCUGAUGUGAUGACUCACUAGUUUCUCCCAGAGUGUGUUUAGGGUUUUGCCGUCGUCAGUCUUCUUGACACGUACGAUCCAACAACCACCGUUCGGAAAUUGCUGCACACACACACACACACACCAUUCACACAUACAGGACCACCCAAACACAGGCACACUGUGUACUCCCUCCCCCCAUCCCUCUCCUGUCCUCUCUCCUUGUGUGUGUGUGAGGUGACUGCCGUGACGUUGGCGUACCUCCCACAUGGGUCUGCAUCCCUUGCGGAAGAGCGACAGGUUGAACUCACCCUCGAUCUCAGAACCAUGAUGCAUCCAACGAUAGUACCUAGGUAGUGGACACAACACAACACAACACACCACACCAUACCAUACCAUCACACCGCAACACAUCAAUCACACAACACACGCAGAGAGAGAUCUCCCACACCACUCACCACACACCACCCAGUCCCACGUUGUCUGGGUCCCUACCGGUAGAAUCCCUCGACAGUGUUGAAGGUGCCGAUGUGUUUGAUGUGGCUGAGGUACUCGUCCAGCGUCAUGUGCGGCGGGUGCGGGUGGGGGUGGGGGUGACCCUGACCCUGCUGGUGCUGGUGCUGCUGGUGCUGGUGUUGCUGGUGCUGGUGUUGCUGCUGCUGCUUGGCCUUGUCCCAUGCCGUGUGGUCCCGCUUCUCGAACCAGAAGGUCCAAGCGGUCUCCAACGGAUGCUCGCCCUCAUUGUACUCACCCUGACGCACCUUGAUCUCCUGUUGACACACAGGGAACACACAACCACACACACACACACAGACAGACACACACAUGCACACGGCGGUGGUGCCGUGUGAGGAUGAGGUGAUGUGUCAGUCGGUGGCACUCACGGCGUGUGUGGGUCGUGGGGGUAUGAUGAUGUUGCCGUGGCUGUCGUGCGCCACCGUGCCGUUGGAUGAGGAGGCCGACUCGUGGAGGGACUUCUUCUCCCAUGCCGUGCGCAGGUGCACUCCCCCCGAGCCGGAGGAUGCGGACCUCUGCAUGCCGUCACAGGAGCCGAAUCACACAGACGAAACCAACCAGAAAAACGACGGCUAUCGAUUGUCG